CGCUGAGGUCAGAGGGAGGCGGCCUGUCGCCCAAGAGGAGCGCCUGCGCCGAGCGGGGCGGUAGCGGAGCAGAGCCGGAGCGUGGUCCGAGCCGAGCGGAGCGCAACGCCAGCGCGCGGCGGAGACGCUGACCCCGCCCGGCCCCGCGCCGCCGCGGCAGGCCCGGCAUGGAGGAGGAGUGCCGGGUGCUCUCCAUUCAGAGCCACGUCGUCCGCGGCUACGUGGGCAACCGGGCGGCCACGUUCCCGCUGCAGGUUUUGGGGUUUGAGGUCGACGCAGUGAACUCUGUCCAGUUUUCAAACCACACAGGCUACUCACACUGGAAGGGCCAAGUGCUGAACUCAGAUGAGCUCCACGAGCUGUACGACGGGCUGAAGCUGAACGACGUGAACAAGUAUGACUACGUGCUCACGGGGUACACGCGAGACAAGUCCUUCCUGGCCAUGGUGGUGGACAUCGUGCGGGAGCUGAAGCAGCAGAACUCCAGGCUCGUGUACGUGUGCGACCCCGUGAUGGGAGACAAGUGGAACGGAGAAGGCUCCAUGUACGUCCCUGAGGACCUCCUUCCAGUUUACAGAGAGAAGGUCGUGCCGGUUGCAGACAUCAUCACCCCCAACCAGUUUGAGGCUGAGUUGCUGAGCGGGAGAAAGAUCCACAGUGAGGAAGAAGCCUUAGCGGUGAUGGACGUGCUGCACGCGAUGGGCCCCGACACGGUGGUCAUCACCAGCUCCGACCUGCCGUCCGCGAGGGGCAGCGGCUACUUGAUCGCGCUGGGCAGCCAGAGGACGCGGACCCCCGACGGCUCCGUAGUGACACAGCGCAUCCGCAUGGAGAUGUGCAAGGUGGACGCAGUCUUCGUGGGCACCGGGGACCUCUUUGCCGCCAUGCUGUUGGCGUGGACGCACAAGCACCCCAACAAUCUCAAGGUGGCCUGUGAGAAGACCGUGUCGGCCAUGCACCACGUUCUGCAGCGGACCAUCAAGUGUGCACAAGCCAGGGCUGGGGAAGGACUGAAGCCCAGCCCGGCCCAGCUGGAGCUGAGGAUGGUCCAGAGCAAGAAGGACAUCGAGAACCCGGAGAUCAUCGUCCAAGCCAUGGUGCUGUGAGGGCCGCGCGAACCCACCUCCUUAACGCCCAGCGUUAGGUGUCUCCGUUUCCAUCCUUGUGAAAAAUGUAAUGUCUGCCUUAGAGCUGUGACCGAAACUUGGUAUUUUUUUCUUCUUUCGUGAGUGUCCAGCAUCCACUGAUCUUCGUUGUGAAAAUGUGCUGGUCGUGCUUUUUAAAAAUAACAAAGCGAUCACAGAAAUUUGUAAUUCGGGACCCCAGCUCCCCUCCCACAAGGCUCCUGGAAAACCAGCUCCGUGUUUAUGUCUCGAGGGCCUCCUCUCCGGGCUGGCUUGGGGUACAUGGUGUACCCCCGUCCUUUGUGCAAGACCCAGGGAGGCCCCUGUGUCUGCAUCUCCGAGAGCGAGUCGGGGCUUAGUGUCCACGUCCAGAAAAAUGAUGGCAAAUGUCUUUAUUCUGGGUCCGACCGCACCUUCUGUGUUCCUGCUUCAGAACUUUUUGCCUCUUACUUUGCUGCAGGGUAGGCCCCUGGGGGUUUCAGAUUCUCCCCUUCUGUUCUUGGUGUGGAUGGGCUCCUGCAGCUCACAUGCACAGACGCUGCACAGUCACUUUGGCGGGGACCUUCCCAGGACCCCGAAAACCUGCCCGUCUCGCACGUGUCGGGGGACUGCCUUGUAACUCGGAGCGUCUCUAGGGACCGCCUGGGCGACAGGACAGAAGCUGGUACGCGGCCGAGCGCGCCUGUGGGGAGGUCCCUGUGUCGGGCUCCUUUUGGAGAAGUCGCCCAGUUUAGGGCAGAACGGGUCAGGUGCUGUGUGCUUGCCACCUACAGCUGGUGACAACCGUGUCGUGUCCGUGUGCAGGUACAGAGGGCAGGGGUGGGCUCCUGCCCCACCCCCCGUUGGUGUGCUUAACCCCACCGGCCAGUUAUCUGACCCCCCUCCCCCAUUCCCCCCGCAGCCCCGCAGUCCCGCGUCCUGUGCCAGCCAGGUGCCCGGAAGCGAGAGGCUUCCCGGGGCCGCCGCAGCUCUGCCCCUCCCCACGGCGGGCGGGGGCAGAGCUUCACGGCAGCGGCUGUCACACACCUCGGGCUGGGGCAGCGCCCGCCGUGGCGCAGGCCCUGUCACCAGUCCAGCCGGCCGCUGCGGGGGUGACCUCCCUGGCCCCACUUUACCCAGAAUUUUGAGGACCCCCAGGCAUGGGUGCAGGCGGGGUCGCCCAUCCUCAGCACCCGCCCCGACUCUGGGGGCUGCAGAGGAGCCCACAGUCUGGAGGGGAGCAGGGAGGCUGCAGGAUGUUGGGGCCCGGAUGUGGUCCCUGGGGAAGCAGGCUCUCCUAGGGCAGCCCUUGUCCCCGACCCCCAGCCUCGCCCCCCAGGCAGGCCCUCUCCCAGAGCCUACACCCUCGUCUGGCUGUGCCCGCGUCUCUAGGACUCUCGCCGCCUCAGUACUGCCUUCUGCCUUUGUUGGAAAUGCCCCCGCACGAAGGCUGGCCAGUCUCCACUGGACUCUCUGCACCCUCUUCUUUCCUUUCUUCCCUACUCCACUCACAUUCCAAAUGUCGUCACUCUCAGGCGUUAGUGCCUGUGCGCAGGGUGGGGGGGCCUCAGCUCCCCUCAGCGGCCGGUGGGUCAGGGCAUCUGUGUCCCUGUCAUGUUUCCUGGUCCCUGCAGGGCCCGCUGGCCCAGGAGGAAGGGGAAGCCUGUGGCCUGGUGGGGGACAGCCCCCCAGCAGGGCAGCCCAGGGACCAGCCAUAGUCCCCCAGGGCCCCGGGCCUCUGCAGAGCCUUUCAUGGAAAAUACUGUCACUGCCAAACAGAGCUGGGGAGACGGCCACACCGCCAGCCAGCGGGAAAUCUCCAUUUUCUUCUCUUUCCUUGCUCUUGUUUUUAAACCUUGGAGAACAAGUGUAAGACCAGGGAAGGAGCCAGAGGAUCUCCUCUCUUCAGUGAGACGGUGAAGACGCGCCCUGCAGCCAUGGUGCUGGGGGUCGUGGCUUGUUCUGUGUGCACCGUGAACUUGAAGGAAAUGCACUCUGGAUCUUUACGUUUUAUGUCCGAGUCCUGGCCCCCGCAGUGGGUUUUACCCUCAAUUCUUGAUAUCAUACAUAGAACGAUGAGAAUUGUUCCUCCCGUAAAAUCAUGAACUCUUCUAUCUCCUCCAGCCCUAAAGCCCCAGCCAUCUGGAGAGCUGUGGCCUGAACCCCCUGCCCUAAGAGAAGGAGAUCGAGGCUCCGGAACCGUAGCUUCUGUGGGAAAGCACGUUCGACCUCCCCACCCGAGCAGAGUGCACUUUUUGUCGUGACGUUGCUGAACCUGUGUAUCUCAGGCUCGUUUCUGCUGGGACCUAGUCCAUCUGUCACGAUGACAGCAGAGGCCCCCGGUUGUCUCUGUUCAGAAUUUCCCAUCUAGAAGUUCCAUGGCAGUCGCAGUGGGUUUUGAUACAGUUUAGGUCCAAGUUAGAAUUCACCUUUUUUUUUAUAUUCCCUUUCCACAGUUUAGUAACAUGGAAAAUAAUCAUUUAUUUUAAGAUGAGAGAAAUAUUGGCCCUGAAAUGCUUGCUUAUUACCAGAGUGUAGAUUUCAGACCUUCUCCUGGACCUUAAAGAUGGAUUCCAAAACACGGUCCUUGUUUUUUAACCAGUCUUGAAUCAUUGCCAAGUCCCGCAAAGGUAACCAGGUUAGUCUGCGCCGCUUUUGCCGUGCAGGCCGGUGGGGGUAGAGCAACGAUGCUUUGCUUGUUGUCCUGUCCUCAAACUCUUAGGACCAGUCUUCAGAGUAUGUUCCAUUUUGCGUGGCCGAGCCUGGCUUGACGCUUCUGACCUCACCGCUUGAACCUCACGUUCACUCAUCAGUUGAAAGGCAGAGAAGAGGGGGGACAGCGUUCCGUCUGGAGGCCGCUGGACCCCCAGUGUGCACACGCCCUCUCAGGACCACCUGCCUGCGGCAGCGGGGCCCGUGUCUGUGAAUCAAUACCCGUGACCACGGGGCUGGGCUGCGCUCCACUCUGGCGCCAGAAUCACCCGGAAUCCCUGCCUUGGCCACCUGCCUGGUCUCAGGCCUCAUUCACACAUGUCUCCCCAUGGGCAGGGGUUGGCUCAGCCCCCAGCACCUGCCUGGGCCGGAAGGAGGGCAGUUGUGAGUGAGCGGAGUGGGUUAUGUGCCAGCAGGGACGCGGUGAAUGUGGUCCGUCCUGGCUUUCUGAGUGGGUGGGAGCCACGUGGCCCCCAGACUCACUUCUCAGAUCCUGAGCCCACCCGUUUCCAUUCCACGCCAGGCUGCAGGGGGCUUUCCUUCGCAUCACCUUGUGUGGUUCUUUGCGUCGGGACCCCCUGGAGAGCUGCUCCCGUGUCUAUAGAGGGAGCACGUCAGUUGGUGGGCACUUGGGGAGAGGUGGCUCUGGGAGCCCAGGUCCACGGCCCUAGGCCGGGAAGCCUUGAGCUUGGGCCUGUUGGUCAGGAUGCACAUCCACCCAGGAGACCCUUCCAUGUUCUCCAGGUCGGCCCAUGGGCGUCGGUCAGGCUGGGCCCCCGCGGAGCAGGGAUCGGGCACCGCCCGCACAAGGGUGGCCUUGGAGCUGUGUGCAGAGUUGGUGUACCCUCGCGUGCGUUUGCUUCUGCAGCCGACAGUGUCAUGAACUCCUGCCUGUUUUUACAGACAGCGCUGUGGUUUGAGAAUCUAGUCACGCGCUUCCGGCCUCUGCCAGAAGGGGGCGACGAGGGCAGAGGUCCCUGCCCCCUCCCUGGUAGGUGACACACAGCAGCUGCCCUUCAAGGGGCUUUUUCUUUGGGGCAUUAGUCUUUCCUGUCCGGUGACUGGAACCAGGCUUUGUAGUCUGCUGCACGGCACGGGGAGGAGGCCCGUCAACGUGUCCCGCUGCCACGUGGCCUGGGGCCCUAGUUCCUAAAACUGAGCUCUCCCGUAGCGCAUGUCUUCCCGCGGACUCCUGCAGCUCAUUCUUGGUUCAGAACGUUUUCUGUUCUUAAUGUGCAAAGACACCGAUUAAGAAAGGAUGUCUUACGAACUCCAUUCCUGCCUUUCGUUAGAGGUUUGCGCUCACGACGCGGUGUGUGCGUUUGGUCAUCUGAUGAGUAAUCUUAGGUCUGACUUAGAGACUGUUUUACAACUUUAUAUGAAUGAAAAGUUCUUCCUAGAAUUUUUUUUUAACUUCUGUUAGAGUAAACAGGUGUGUUUAAAGCUUUCCACUGUCGGAGCUGAGCAGAGCCCUGUACUCAGAGCGGGAGACCCUAUGUCCAUCUCUGACCCUCAGGGAGGGGCCCCAAGCUCCAGGGUUGCAGUGAAGGAAGCUCCCAGCCCCACAUCAGCGUGGGGCAGGUCCCCGGUCUUCUGUAGCAGGAAACCCGUUCUGGGAGGACAUACCUUCGUGAGGCCAUGGGCCACUCACCCUGGCCUGGGGCAUCACUGCCCUGCAAGGGCCAGGACUGGGCAGGCAGGGGAGGGCACGCCGCCCUAGGCCCCUGUGCUUGUGAAGCCCCCAGGCAGGCCUUACUCCUUGUGCGUCCGAGGACGCAGAGCCGGGCACCCUCCCUUGUGCUCUUCUGAGCCGGAGCCGGGUCAGUGGGUUUUGGGCCACUAGUUGCUUUCUCACUGAGGACCCAGGUUCUGGCACAAGGAGAGUGGGUGUAGGGCAUGGUGGGGGGUCAGGACAGAAAGGGGGGGAAUCAGUAAGCCUGGCAGCAACACCCCCAGUGUGCCCCAAAACUCCAGCCUUAGUGCAUUCCUGCAAAAUAUCUGGGACUGUCGUCUUGAUGAUGGGAGGUGUAGAUGUUGAUAGAUGGGGAAACGGAAGUGAAGUCUUAAUUUACCCCAUGCAGCCCCUGAAGGAUAAGAAGUACGUGGGUGGCGUUUUGAAUGUUUUGAGGUUUAGCUGCAUACUUUCUGAUUUAGAAUUUUCGUUGGGAUUUCCCCCAACAGUUGCAAAACUGGACCUCCUGGAGGACUGAGGCACUGACUCAGGCCAGUCGACGCCAACCCAGUCCUUCCCUAACUGAGCUCAGAUUCUGGGGGCUUCUCGGGGGAAGCAAUGCAGCCUUGGGACACAGCUCGAUCCCGGCUGCAAGUUGGCGGGGGGCGGGGGCGUCUCUGUGUUUCUGGCAGUGGUUUCACUAGCCCCGUGCUCUACCAACCCCACCUGUGCGCGUGUGGAUGUGUUUUAAACGUAAAACUCGUUCCAGUGCUGUAGAGGCUGUGUCUGUCUGUACUGGUCUUACUGACUUAUAAUUAUCACAAAUAAAUAUUUUCAUGGUGA